CAAGGUCAAGCAUCCUUUGGGGAUUCUGUCCAGUCAGUAAUCGGAUUACAGUUAAAACCUUUUGAAUUUAAUUUGCCCCGGCAGCCUGCGCGUGGCACGGGAUUCCACGUCAACAAGCGGUUGCCAGGUGAAGGCAGACAAGCCAGACAGUUCCACAGCAUCUAGCACCUCACAGGCUAAUAGCCUACUAAUUCAGAGAUUUGAUAAAACCAUUGUAGAACCGAUUCAACUAUUAUUGACAAGGUGAGAUGAUAAGGAAUUUAUUUGGAGCCUUGACCUAGCCUAUAUAUUUGUUAUUGAUAAAAUGCCGACCACAAGGGUCAUCAAGCAAAAGCCUGUUAUUGAAACGAAAACAAGAGUCGUCGAAGUGAAAACAAAACCGGUUGAAACGAAACCAGCAUCAACAACUCAACACAAAGUCACAGCACCUCGCAAACCGCGGGCGUCGAGCUGUCCCAGAUGUAUCCAUAGCGACCGAUGCGAGACCACGAAGACCCAGCAGCAGUUCAAGCUGUGCGCUCCCAGGUGCGAUAGGAGAGCGAGAUCAACCUCCACCGCUCCCAAAUCAACACUCUCCUCUUCGAAAUCAGCUGUGCUCUGUCAAAAACCAACAGCCACGUCUCCAAAAUCAACUGUAACUUCUUCCAAGUCUAAAGAAGCAUCUCAGGCGAGGCAGGAAGAGGAACGGAGUUCGAGACCCAGGGCGCACUAUGUAAUUCAGAGUCACAAAGCUUUCACGGUCAUCCCUCCUAACCCCAAGAAAAGAAUAGAGAUCCAGCAAAAGGCGGAGGCAGAGCUGGCAGCUUUGGAGGAUCUGAGGCUGAGCAGAGCCACACCCUAUGUCUCCAUUGACCCCAGCAGUGUUGGUGGGAGUCUGAGUCUGGAGGAGGUGCGGCUAAAGCAGCAGCAGGAAAUGCAGACCAGGAGGAAGCAGAGACAAAUGAAGAAAUAUAUGUUUGAGACGUCACCCGUGGUGUUGGGAUGAAGACUGAGCCACAGAGAGACAGAAAGCUGAAGUUAUCAUUAAAAUACAGACGCAUCAGCAUCAUCAUGUGAAUGAUGCUUGUUGCCUGUAUGUCUAAGUCCAGCACUGGGAUCACACAUUGUCUAAGUCCAGCACUGGGAUCACACAUUGUCUAAGUCCAGCACUGGGAUCACACAUUGUCUAAGUCCAGCACUGGGAUCACACAUUGUCUAAGUCCAGCACUGGGAUCACACAUUGUCUAAGUCCGGCACUGGGAUCACACAUUGUCUAAGUCCGGCACUGGGAUCACACAUUGUCUAAGUCCGGCACUGGGAUCACACAUUGUCUAAGUCCGGCACUGGGAUCACACAUUGUCUAAGUCCGGCACUGGGAUCACACAUUGUCUAAGUCCGGCACUGGGAUCACACAUUGUCUAAGUCCGGCACUGGGAUCACACAUUGUCUAAGUCCGGCACUGGGAUCACACAUUGUCUAAGUCCAGCACUGGGAUCACACAUUGUCUAAGUCCAGCACUGGGAUCACACAUUGUCUAAGUCCAGCACUGGGAUCACACAUUGUCUAAGUCCAGCACUGGGAUCACACAUUGUCUAAGUCCAGCACUGGGAUCACACAUUGUCUAAGUCCAGCACUGGGAUCACACAUUGUCUAAGUCCAGCACUGGGAUCACACAUUGUCUAAGUCCAGCACUGGGAUCACACAUUGUCUAAGUCCAGCACUGGGAUCACACAUUGUCUAAGUCCAGCACUGGGAUCACACAUUGUCUAAGUCCAGCACUGGGAUCACACAUUGUCUAAGUCCAGCACUGGGAUCACACAUUGUCUAAGUCCAGCACUGGGAUCACACAUUGUCUAAGUCCAGCACUGGGAUCACACAUUGUCUAAGUCCAGCACUGGGAUCACACAUUGUCUAAGUCCAGCACUGGGAUCACACAUUGUCUAAGUCCAGCACUGGGAUCACACAUUGUCUAAGUCCAGCACUGGGAUCACACAUUGUCUAAGUCCAGCACUGGGAUCACACAUUGUCUAAGUCCAGCACUGGGAUCACACAUUGUCUAAGUCCAGCACUGGGAUCACACAUUGUCUAAGUCCAGCACUGGGAUCACACAUUGUCUAAGUCCAGCACUGGGAUCAAUGUCUACAAUGUUUCAGUGUCACACUGUAUUAUUUUAUAUUUUGUACCAAAUAGAUUUCAUGUUAGUUUAAUUUAGUUAAAAAAAACAAUUGUUAAGUGGGCUACAAAGGUUUUACUUCCAUCCCUCUGUUUCGUGAGUAUCACAAUGAACUGUACAAAUGGCUGUUGUUCAUAUAAACAAAAUGGCUGCAGAACAUUGUACUCCUUCUCCUUACCCUCGUCGUUCAUGCUUUCUAUGUUUAUAAAGUAACACGUGAAUAAAACCCUCCUAUGGAA